AUGGCGCACCAACAGAGCCCCCGUGGCCACGCCGCCAAACAAUCCGUCUCCUCGGCUGGUCUCUCUCCUACGGCUUCCCACUCGCAACCACCCAAGCCUCAGCAGACCGUCGCAUCGCCUGCUGCCGAGAAGAGCACUGCAAGCCUCGAGCAAUCUGUCCGCAAGUUUAGAUUUGUCGAGGCUCUACGAAGUGGCGAUACCUCAUCCAUCUCCCGUGCCAUUCGCGAAACCGCCGAAAACGCCCCCCGCCCGAGCAUUUCUUCGGUAAACGGCUCUUCCACAGGUGCCCUCGAUGAUACUACAAUUCUCCACUUAGCUAUCCAAUGUGCUGAAUUCCCCGUCAUUGAGUACGUUUUGUCCGAUGGGCAGGGAUCGAUCGACGUGAACGCUCGUGACAAGGAUGGGAACACCCCGCUUCACUUGGCUGCGAUCCAGGGCAGAACCACGGUGGUGAAGCUCCUCUUGGAACAGAAGGACAUCAACGAUGCUAUCGCAAACGCCCAAGGCAAAUUGCCACUCGACGUAGCACGAAACCCCGAGAUUUUCCAGCUUCUGCAGCUUUCGAGAUCACUCUUUGCCGAGGCCAAGGUCAAGCAAGUGCAAGAGCUGAUUGCGCGGGGCAAUUAUGGCGCACUUGCUGGAGUUCUCGAAGAACAUCGUGUCAAGACUGUUCUCGACAUCAACAGCCCCGAAUUCGCAUCCGAGCCUGUCACAGUUCAGACUGGCGGGACACUGCUUCACGAAGCUGCCCGAAAGAAAAAUACCAACCUUAUUCAGGUUCUCCUCCUCCACGGUGCCGACCCGUUCCGUCGCGAUCGUAAGGGCAAGCUGCCCCAGUCCGUCACCAGUGACGACGCUACAAAAGCUAUUCUCAAGAAGUCUCCUGCAGCUGUUGCUGCCCAACGAGGAAUCCAAGAGAAAGCAGUGCUUGGACAGGCUGCUUCUCAAGGCACCCCAGGCUCUACCUCCAGUGACCCUCUCGCUGGACGAGAGGCCCGUGAGAUGAAGGGCUAUCUCAAGAAAUGGACCAACUACAGGAAGGGUUACCAGCUGCGUUGGUUCGUGCUCGAAGAUGGUGUUCUCAGUUACUAUAAGCACCAGGACGACGCAGGCUCGGCCUGCCGUGGAGCUAUCAAUAUGCGAAUUGCCAAGCUUCAUAUGAGUCCCGACGAAAAGACAAAAUUCGAAAUCCAUGGAAAAUCGUCAGUCAAGUAUACUUUGAAGGCAAAUCACGAAGUUGAGGCCAAACGAUGGUUCUGGGCCCUCAACAAUUCAAUUCAGUGGUCCAAGGAUCAGGCAAAGGAGGAAGAGAAACGAGCAGCUCGUGGCGCAGAGCUUUUGAGGCAGGCCAAGGCUGAUCCCAGCACGCUUUCCCUCCAGGAAUCUCAUAGCGAGGGUACCAGUGUAACGGACCUACGCAGAAACAGCUCUCAAAUUCCCAGCCGAUCACUUUCAAAAAUAUCCUCAGUCGAUCAACGACCAAGCCAGGCCAGUCCUGGCACUACUGGUAGCCUGGAAGACGACGAAUUCGUGGAUGUCGAGACGGAUGCGGGUGCCUCAAGGGUACACAAGAAUGGAGCACCAACAAACAAUGACAUGGAUGACGAGGAUGACUACGGCGACGAUAUGAGCAUCCAUGAAGAGCCGACCGCCACGAAAGACGCAUUGAAUAUCACCGCCCAGUCAGCUAAGCUCCAGCUCGAAACAAUGUCUCAUGUUCACCAGGCCCUCAUCAACGAGCUUAACCAAAACCCCAACACGCCUCUUUCUGAUAAUAGCGUAUCUCAAGCCUUGGGUACCUACGAUGCUGCGAUUCGAAGUCUGUCAACACUCGUGGCUGACUUGCUCCGGAUAUCGAAGGACCGUGAUGCUUACUGGCAAUACCGUCUUGACAGGGAGGCAAACAUGCGACGCAUGUGGGAGGAGAGCAUGGCACAGGUGGCUCGUGAGCAGGAGGUUCUGGAAGCUCGUGUCGGAGAGGCAGAGAAGAAGCGCAAGGCAACCAAGAGGGCUCUGCGGGAGGUCAUCGAAAGUGGCAUCCCUGUUGGGGCUGAGCUUCCCGUGCAGGACACACAUGUAGAGAAGGAGUUGGACGAUGGUAAAGAAAAGGAGGAUGAGGAAGGACAGUUCGAAGAUGCAGCAGCUAAACUACCCGCACCCGGACCAGCGUCUCCCGAGCCACCCACAAUGAAGAGUGUUCGAAGGAAGCCUACGAUUAUCGUGGACUUGUCCGAGAGCGAAUCUGAACAAGAGGACGAGUUCUUUGAUGCCGUGGAUGCUGGUCAGGUUGAAGUAUCGGAACUGCCUGCUGACGAGAUUAAGCCUAAAAGCCAAGAUAUAGUGGUGUCUGGCGGAAUGGACAUCAGCUCAUCGUAUAAGGGUUAUGAGAACGGUAUCCGAACUAGGCUCAAGAUGGACGCCGAUGACCGGCCCAAGAUUUCUCUCUGGGGAAUUCUCAAGUCUAUGAUUGGCAAAGAUAUGACCAAGAUGACUUUGCCUGUUUCGUUCAACGAACCUACUUCACUCCUCUACCGUGCUGGUGAGGAUAUGGAGUAUGCAGAUCUACUUGACCUGGCCGCGGAUCGAGCCGACUCGAUUGAGCGACUCAUCUACGUGGCCGCAUUUGCUGCUAGUGAAUAUGCUUCCACCAUUGGUCGCGUGGCUAAACCUUUCAACCCCCUUCUGGGAGAGACGUUUGAAUACGUGCGACCCGACAAGGGCUACCGCUUCUUCAUCGAACAAGUCAGCCACCAUCCCCCUGUUGGCGCUGCGCACGCAGAGUCGCCCAAGUGGUCCUACUGGGGAGAAUCGGCCGUCAAAUCCAAGUUCUACGGUAAAUCUUUCGACAUCAACCCAUUAGGUACAUGGUUCCUCAAACUUCGUCCUAAUGCUGGAGGUAAGGAAGAGCUAUACACGUGGAAGAAGGUUACCUCUUCAGUCAUCGGAAUCAUUACUGGAAACCCAACUGUCGACAACUAUGGUAUCAUGGAAAUUAAGAAUUGGACAACAGGGGAGGUUGCUCAUGUCGAAUUCAAACCACGUGGUUGGAAGGCUUCUAGCGCAUACCAAGUAUCUGGAAAGGUCACUGAUGCCUCUGGCAAAGUGCGCGUCAGCCUUGGUGGUCGCUGGAAUUCCAAGCUGUAUGCUCGUCUAACCCCGGGUUACGAGGCAGCAGUCGACGAGCCAAAGGAAAGUGGUGGCGAUAUGGCACAUGGCGGUCUGACUGACCCCAACCGGGCAUACCUCAUCUGGAAGGCAAACGAGCGACCAGCUGGUAUUCCCUUCAACCUGACGCCAUUUGUUCUGACAUUCAACCAUAUCGAUGAUCAGCUGCGGCCAUGGCUUCCUCCUACUGACUCUCGUCUCCGACCUGACCAACGUGCGAUGGAGGACGGAGAGUACGACUUUGCUGCCGAGGAGAAGAACCGUCUAGAAAACGCCCAGCGAGCUCGCAGACGUCUUCGAGAGGAACGUGGUGAAGAGUUUGUGCCGGCUUGGUUCCAGAAGGCACGUUGCGAGAUUACGGGAGAGGAGUAUUGGCAAUUUAACGGCAAGUACUGGCAGCAACGCGAGAAGGCUGGUCCACAGGGCAACCCUCAAGCUGCUUGGGAAGGAUUGGAGCCGAUUUACGAAGAUCAUGUGGAUGAGGACCAGGAUACAGUACGGUGA